UUGCGCAUGCGCAACUCCCGAGCUGGCCCAAGAAGUUCAUACCCUUUGUGAAGCCCGGGAUGGGAGGGUCCAGCUCCGUAGGACCGAGGCAGAUUCCACCGUGAGGAAGAAACCCGACCCAGCCUGACCCAGGCCUUUCAUCAGAGCCCAGGAGGGAAGCUGGGAAGUGGGUCCACGAGGCCCGGGCUUCUAACUCGUCUGGGCAGAGAGGUCUGAAUUGGGGUGAAGAGCAGAAUCUCCAGAAUAAGGAGGAGGUGGUGAUCAUGGAGACAGAGUUGACCGAAAUGCCCGAGAAAAGAGCUCUGUCUUCCCAGGAUUCUCCCCAUUUCCAAGAGAAGAGCACAGAAGAGGGAGAAGUGGCUGCUCUGCGCCUCACGGCCAGAUCCCAGGAAACAGUGACAUUCAAGGAUGUGGCCAUGGACUUUACACCAGAGGAGUGGGGGAAGCUGGAUCCUGCACAAAGGGAUGUGAUGCUGGAGAACUAUAGGAACCUGGUCUCACUAUGGCUUCCAGUUUCCAAACCUGACAACUACACCUUGGAGAAUGGAAAAGAACCAUUGAAGCUUGAGAGAAAAGCCCCUAAAAACAGCUAUUCAGACAUGAAGGCUAGACCAGAGAGCAAGGAUUCAACUUCAGUGCAAGAUUUUUCCAAAGCAGAAUCAUGCAAAGUUGCAAUAAUAGACAGACUGACAAGAAAUAGUGUCUGUGACUCCAACUUGGAAGCAGCUCUUGAAUGUGAAAAUUGGUUAGAGAAUCAGCAAGGAGAUGGGGAGAGACAUUUGAGAGAAAUGUUCACUCACAUGCAUUCACUCUCUGAGGAAACAGACCAUGAGCAUGAUGUGUAUUGGAAAAGCUUCAAUCAGAAGUCUGUCCUUAUCACUGAAGACAGAGUUCCCAAAGGAUCUUAUGCCUUCCAUACACUUGAAAAAAGAUUGAAACAAAAAUCAAACUUAAUGAAAAAGCAGAGAACUUAUAAAGAGAAAAAACCUCAUAAAUGUAAUGAUUGUGGUGAACUCUUCACCUACCAUUCAGUGCUUAUUCGACACCAGAGAGUCCAUACUGGAGAGAAACCCUAUACCUGCAGUGAAUGUGGAAAAUCUUUUAGCCACAGAGCUAAUUUAACUAAACAUCAGAGAACUCAUACUAGAAUUCUCUUUGAAUGCAAUGAAUGCAAGAAAACCUUUACAGAAAGCUCAUCCCUCGCAACACAUCAGAGAAUUCACAUUGGAGAGAGACCUUAUGAAUGCAAUGAAUGUGGGAAAGGUUUCAAUCGAAGUACACAUCUUGUGCAGCAUCAGUUGAUUCAUACUGGAGUGAAGCCUUAUGAAUGUAAUGAAUGUGAUAAGGCUUUUAUUCAUUCAUCAGCACUCAUUAAACAUCAAAGAACUCACACUGGAGAGAAACCUUAUAAAUGUCAAGAAUGUGGGAAAGCCUUUAGCCAUUGCUCAUCCCUAACUAAGCAUCAGAGAGUUCAUACUGGAGAAAAGCCAUAUGAAUGCAGUGAAUGUGGAAAAACGUUUAGUCAGAGCACACAUCUUGUUCAACAUCAGAGAAUUCAUACUGGAGAGAAACCCUAUGAGUGUAGUGAAUGUGGGAAAACCUUCAGCCGGAGCUCAAAUUUUGCUAAACAUCAAAGAAUUCAUAUUGGAAAGAAACCAUACAAAUGUAGUGAGUGUGGAAAAGCCUUCAUUCAUUCAUCAGCUCUUAUUCAACAUCAGAGAACACACACCGGAGAGAAACCCUUUAGAUGUAUUGAGUGUGGGAAAAGCUUUAAGUGCAGUUCAUCUCUCAUCAGACAUCAAAGAGUUCACACUGAAGAGAAGCCCUAAAAAGUUACUGAAUGUGAAAAAAUGUAAGUUGGUUUUAUCACUGUGUUAAGUACUUGAUUGUUUAGGUGGAAGACCCAUCCAUAAUAUGCAUGUGAGGACCAAUUCUCUAUGCAUCUAAUUUCAUUUAUAAUGCAUAGUUUUGAGCCAUAGACAGGUUUCUUAUGUGCAUUAAUUUGAUAAUUAUAAAAUUUAGCCAGCAAUUUUAAAAUUUUAAUCUCCAACCUCUCAAAUAGCUAUUUGUGGAAAUUCAAGAAGUCCCUGAGAGUGGGUAGCAGUACAAACAUUGUAAAUUCUAGUUUUCCCCACUCUGGGUUAUGUCAGAGCUUUGUUGUAGCCUCUCACUUUGUAAGGAAAUUCUUACUGGGUAGGUUAGGUUGAGGGCUUAUAUCCUUAUCAGGAAGACAUAGUGUUGUUAUUUAUUACUCUAUGAGUCCCAAGUAGAGAUCUAGAUAUGCAUAUGGUGUAAUUCCUCCAGACUGUCAUUUCUUUUAUAUUAGCCAUAAAAAAAAACAAAAAGGCAGGGUUGAAAGUCAUUAGGAUUCUCUUCCUCUCCCAACAAGUUGCUGUCCAAUUUGAUGACUGUAACUAGGAUGUAUAAUAUUUACAGAUCAUUCUAAGUUAUGUUCACAUGGAUUAUGUUCAUUAUUGAUUUAUAUCAUUGUUAUCCCUCUACUAUGGUAACCUUCUUUGAUUUGCCUGACCAAUAUGUUGAGACCCCGUUUCUACCAAAAAUACAAAAACUAGUCAGACAUGGUGGC